UCCCCGUGCCCCUCCCCCUCUGCAGCUUCUCUCUGUUUGUGGAUCGGCCAUGACGGUGGAACAAAAUGUCCUGCAGCAGCACUCACAGAAGCAUCAACAGACACUACUGAACCAAUUGAGGGAAGUCACUGGUACCAAUGACAUACAGUUACUGCAACAAGCUUUACAGGCAAGCAAUGGGGAUCUUGCAGAAGCCGUUUCUUUCCUGACAGAGAAGAAUGCCAAAGCACCACAACAGGAAGAAGCCUACUUUCACACAGGGCAAACUAGCAACGAUCGUUACAUCAGCGUGGGAAGCCAGGCUGACACAAAUGUUAUUGACCUUACGGGAGAUGACAAAGAUGACUUGCAGAGAGCAAUCGCCUUGAGUUUGGAGGAGUCCAACCGAGCAUUUAGGGAGACUGGUAUAACGGACGAGGAACAAGCCAUCAGCAGAGUACUAGAAGCCAGCAUCGCAGAAAACAAGGCGAGCUUGAAAAGGACACAAGGGGAGGUAUGGAGUGACUCGAUAAAUCCAUACGAUCGAAAGCGACAGGAGAGCUGUCCUGUUGGGUUGAAGAAUGUAGGAAACACCUGCUGGUUCAGUGCAGUCAUUCAGUCCCUCUUUAAUCUGCUUGAGUUUCGGAGACUUGUCCUCAACUAUGUCCCGCCGACUGAUCCUCAGGAUGUACCUCAAAAUCAAAAGGAGCGACGGAAUCUUCCUUUUAUGCGUGAAUUACGACACCUAUUUGCUUUAAUGGUUAGCUCCAAACGGAAGUAUGUGGAUCCAUCAAGAGCUGUGGAAAUAUUAAAGGAUACUUUCAAAUCUAAUGACUUGCAGCAGCAAGAUGUGAGUGAGUUUACACACAAGCUUUUGGAUUGGUUAGAGGAUGCCUUUCAAGUGAAAACUGAAGAAGAGAGGGAUGGCGAAAAACCAAAGAACCCAAUGGUGGAGCUCUUCUAUGGACGGUUCCUGGCUGUGGGGAUGCAUGAAGGGAAAAAGUUUGAGAAUUCGGAGAUGUUUGGACAAUACCCAUUGCAGGUGAAUGGAUUUAAGGAUCUUCAUGAAUGUUUAGAGGCUGCAAUGGUUGAAGGCGAGAUUGAAUCAUUGCAGGCAGAAAAUUCCACUAAUUCUGCGAAGUCUGGACAAGAGCACUGGUUUACUGCACUCCCACCCGUCUUAACCUUCGAACUUUCCAGAUUUGAGUUUAAUCAAGCUUUGGGAAGGCCCGAGAAGAUUCAUCACAAAUUGGAAUUUCCAUCUGUCUUAUACAUGGACAGGUACAUGGAUAAAAACCGAGAAAUCACCAGGAUCAAGCGGGAAGAGAUACGAAGGCUUAAAGAUCACCUUACAGUGUUGCAGCAACGAUUGGAAAGGUAUUUAAGCUAUGGUUCAGGUCCCAAGCGAUUUCCAUUGGCUGAUGUUCUCCAAUAUGCCUUGGAGUUUGCCUCUAGUAAGCCUGUGUGUACAUCGCCAGUGGAUGAUGUUGAAACUGCUCCUCCCAACAGCACCACAGCGCCUCAGACAACAGUGAGGCAAGAGAGUAGCCCAAUGGAUCAAGGACCCUUGGCAGCCACAGAUGCACCCUGCACACCCCCUCUUCAGCGGUCCGUAGUUCACAAACCUUUCACGCAGUCGAGGGUCCCACCAGAAAUUCCCAUGCAUCCUGCACCGCGCCACAUCACAGAGGAUGAGUUGAGAGUGUUGGAGGGUUGUCUGCAUCGCUGGAGGAUGGAGGUGGAGAAUGACACUAGAGAUCUACAAGAGAGCAUCGCCAGGCUUCACCGCACAAUUGAUCUGAUGUACACUGACAAGACCAUGAUGCAGGUUCCUUACCGAUUGCAUGCAGUCUUGGUCCAUGAAGGUCAGGCUAAUGCUGGGCAUUACUGGGCCUACAUCCAUGAUCACCACCAAGGGAGGUGGAUGAAGUACAACGACAUAGCUGUUACCAAAUCCUCCUGGGAGGAGCUAGAACGCGAUUCCUUUGGAGGUUACAGAAAUGCUAGUGCAUACUGUUUAAUGUACAUAAAUGACACGGAGCGAUAUUUAAUAGAAGAGGAGUUCGAUAAGGAAACUGGUCAGGUAUUGACUGGAAUGAACACCUUACCAUGCGAUUUGAAAGAGUAUGUAAGGGAUGACAACCGAAAGUUUGAGAAGGAGUUGCAAGAAUGGGACGCACAGCAGGAGAAAAAAGCCCAACAAGAGAAAAUGGAGAUACACACUACCCAGCGGGAGCCUCAUGGAGCAUCUACCUCAGGAAAAGAAUUGGAAUACCUAGAGCAACCUUCAGCAAAAGAUCUCUCUAAUGUUUGCGAAGGAGACACAGCAAGGACUGUCACCAAAGCUGCAACAGAGUAUGAUGACCGGGGCCCAGAGGCUGCACUGCAAGCGGCCUCUGCUGCAGCUUCCCCCAAGCCCGGUCCCAGCCAGCGUGUGGUUGAGGUGGAGAUUCCCCAAAUAGGAAGGUUGGUCAUAGAGUCAGAGGAAGGCGGUUAUGAUGACGAGGUCAUGCUGACCCCAACCAUGCAAGGUAUUAUCAUGGCUAUAGGUAAAGCCAGGAAUGUGUAUGACAGACAUGGUCCUGAGGCGGGUUUCUUCAAGGCUUUCACAGCGGAAUACUCCCGUUUGGUCAGGCUGGCCCAGGAAGAUACCACGCUGGAGAACGAUAACCGGUUAAAACAUGUGGUGGUCUAUUUCCUGCACAAUGAGGCACCAAAGAAGAUUAUUGAGAGGACACUCUUGGAACAGUUCGCCGAUCGGAAUCUCAAUUUUGAUGAACGAUGUCGCAGUGUAAUGAAAAUAGCACGGGCCAAACUUGAGCUGAUCAAACCUAAGGAGGUCAACAUGGAGGAGUACGAGAAAUGGCACCAUGAAUACCGAACAUUUCGAGAAAUUAGCAUUUGUAUUAUGAUUGGCCUGGAGCUGUUCCAAAAGAAAAGUUACAAUGAAGCCUUGAUGUACCUUAUCCACGCUUACCAAUAUAACAAAGAGCUGCUGUCCAAAGGGAUAUACAGAGGUCACGAUGAAGAGCUAAUGUCACACUACAGGCGAGAGUGUUUACUGAAAUUGAACGAGCAUGCUGCGGCUCUCUUCGAGUCUGGAGAUGACCAGGAUGUAGAGGAAGGACUCACCACCAUGAAUGAAUUGGUCGUUCCCUGUCUACCACUGUUAUUGGUUGAUGAAAUGGAAGAGAAAGACAUUGUGGCUGUAGAAGACAUGAGGAACCGAUGGUGUUCAUAUUUGGGGCAAGAAAUGGAACCCAACCUGCAAGAGAAGCUUACUGACUUCCUGCCAAAGCUGCUGGACUGCUCGACCGAGAUCAAAGCUUUCCGUGAGCCACCGAAGCUCCCUUCCUUCUCCACGCACGAACUCUGUGAGCGCUUUGCUCGUGUAAUGGCAUCUCUCAGUCGAACCCCUGCAGACGGCAGAUGAAAGGAAACACGAGAUUCUUUUUUUGUUUCUCUUUUUCGGGGAGCACGUUACAACCAACAAGGACUUCUUUCGUUUAAAUCUUUCUUUUCUUUCCGUUCUGAGGUAUAACCUUCACCUUCCCGUCACAGAGUUUGCUUGCUGCUGCUGCUAUAGAUUUUACCCAUUUUUUUAAAAAAAAUAAAAUCUUGACUUAACCGCAACCAAGGCAUCUAUUACCAUAAAUGAACUUUUAAACGGCAAGACUGACAGUGGACACAGCUCAGUGCACAUGAUGCUUUGGGCACAGUCGGAGGAAAUAGUGACAUUGGAGGACCGAGAGAGGAAAAAAAAGAGACUGAUGUUUAAAUUAAGAAUUGGAACAUUUUGAAGCAAGAGACACCCAUCUUUAUCUUUUGCAUCCCUGCUCUUGCCACCAGGUUUCUGCAAGUGUGUUAACUCGCCAUGCUAUCAAUUUUUUUUUAGAGAAAGAACCACAAUUCUAUCUGUUGAAUUUUAUUCUUUCCACAUUACUCUUAAUGACAGCCAAUGAUAUUUGGAGGUGUGGGUGCUGACUUUUCCUGCCCUCCCCUUACCCGCAACCCCUCUCUCCCCACGAAAAUGACGUCAUGAGGCUUGUGAACGAACUGAAAGAAUAAAGUUUUAUUUAUGGCUAUUUUUUGAUGUAAUGAUGAAACA